UACACACUGUCAUUCUACAUUUAAGACUCUUCUGUCUGAAUCAAGUCAUUGUUUGUCAUUGAGGUCAUGGGAAAGCAGAGAAAUGUGCAGCCUUAAGAGUUGUUUAACAUAAAGACAAAUAAAACAGUUUGUUGUGUACUUAUUGUUCAUAUCAUUAAAACAUUAAUGCUUCCAUUUUGCUCAGUUGUCACAACAGUUUUAGUACAGUGGCCCUGAAGGUCAAAACACAACAUUUCAGAAAACAUGCACACAGAAGGCUUAGUUUAAAGCGGCGCUGCCAGCAGAGGGUGCGCUCGUUUACUAGGGUGAACUGUGGCGGCGCGCUGUUGACAGCAGGGUGGAGUUGGCUGGUUGGUUGGUGGGAUGCGGACUUUUCAACAGGACAACUCCCUCUGCCUCUGACUUUACACUUCAUACACUCAUCAAAAACACACGCUGCGCUGCUGUUGGACCCUUAUGUCAGAGCUCCGCAGUCGGAGAUGUCGCUCGUAAUCCACUUUCUAACAACUUUGGCCCUGUGCUGGUGUCCUGUCAGGGCGCUGGUCCCGGAGUUUGCGGACGUUUGCACCGAAGGCAGCUGCUACCCCGCCACAGGUGACCUGCUGAUCGGCCGGGCGCACAAGCUCACCGCCUCCUCCACCUGCGGCCUGAAGCAGCCGGAGCGCUUCUGCAUCGUCGGACAUCUGGAGGAGGAGAAGAAAUGUUUCGCGUGCGACUCCAAGCAGAUGUACGACGAGGACGUCAACCCUGUCAGCCACACCAUUGAGAACGUGGUCACCACCUUCGCCCCCAACCGCCUCAAAACCUGGUGGCAGUCGGAGAACGGUGUGGAAAAUGUGACCAUCCAGCUGGAUCUGGAGGCUGAGUUUCACUUCACGCACCUUAUCAUGACCUUCAAGACGUUUCGUCCGGCUGCCAUGGUGAUCGAGCGGUCCAUGGACUUUGGGAAGACUUGGCAGGUUUACCGUUACUUCGCCUACGACUGUGAGUCCUCGUUCCCCGGUGUGUCCACCGGGCCCAUGGUCAGAGUGGAUGACAUCAUCUGUGACGCACGUUACUCAGACAUCGAACCGUCCACCGAGGGAGAGGUGAUAUUACGGGUGCUGGAUCCAGCCUUCAAGAUCGAGGACCCCUACAGCCCGAGGAUACAGAACAUGUUGAAAAUCACUAACCUCCGGGUGAAGUUCAUCAAACUCCACACUCUGGGCGACAACCUGCUCGACUCCCGCGAUGAGGUGACGGAGAAGUACUACUACGCCCUCUACGACAUGGUUGUCCGUGGAAACUGCUUCUGCUACGGUCACGCCUCUGAGUGCGCCCCAAUCGAUGGAGCCCCAAUAGGAGCUGAGGGCAUGGUCCAUGGCCGCUGUGUGUGUAACCACAACACUGAGGGACUGAACUGUGAGCGCUGCCAAGACUUUUACCAUGAUUUACCCUGGAGACCUGCAGAGGGGCGAAACACCCAUGCCUGCAAGAGGUGCGAGUGUAACCAUCACUCCACCUCGUGUCACUUCGACUUGGCCAUGUACAUGACGACCGGCAACGUGAGUGGGGGCGUGUGCGACGACUGUCAACACAACACGGUGGGCCGACAGUGCGAGCAGUGCGCGCCUUUCUUCUAUCAGCACCCCAACAGAGACCUGAGGGACCCUAACGUCUGUGAACCGUGUAACUGUGACCCGGCCGGGUCUCUGCAGGGCGGACUGUGCGACUCACGAACUGAUGUGGCGGCUGGGCUGAUCUCAGGCCAGUGUCGGUGCAAAGCCUAUGUGGAGGGCGAGCGCUGCGACCACUGCAGACAGGGACACUAUGGGCUGGGACAGGGGCCUCAGGGCUGCCUGCCUUGUACCUGUAACCUGCUGGGGACUCUGCCGGGAGGAAACUCCUGCGAUUCAAUCUCAGGAAGGUGCUUCUGCAAACGGCUCGUCGACGGACACAACUGCGAUCAGUGUCUGCCGCAGCACUGGGGUCUGUCCAAUGACAUGGACGGCUGCAGACCAUGUGACUGUGACCAGGGUGGGGCUGUUAACAAUAACUGUGACCCUCACUCUGGGCAGUGUGUGUGCAGGGAGCACAUGUUCGGACGGCGCUGCGAUCAGGUCGAGUCCGGCUUCUACUUCAUCGCUCUGGAUCACUACACCUAUGAGGCCGAGGACGCCAAGCACGGACCCGGUGUGACGGUGGUGCAAAGGCCUUAUCCUCAGGAUCGUAGUCCCACGUGGACCGGUAUGGGUUUCGUUAAUGUGCCAGAAGGAGCCUACUUAGAGUUCAACAUCAACAACAUCCCAGAGUCCAUGGACUAUGACAUCCUGAUUCGCUAUGAACCACAGCUGCCAGAGCAGUGGGAGCAGGUGAACGUUAGGGUGCAGCGUCCUGUCUACACCCCUCCAGCCUUCUCCGGUCACUGCAGCAACUCCAUCCAGAGUGGAGACGAGCAGUCCAUCUCUCUUCCACCUGGAUCCAGACACGUGCUGCUGGUGAGGCCGGUGUGUUUUGAGAAAGGCCUGAACUACACGGUCCGUCUCAGUCUGCCGCUCUAUUCGUCCUUCAGCGACGUCCAGAGCCCAUACACACUCAUCGACUCCUUGGUGCUGAUGCCCCGGGUCGUCGAGCUGGACAUGUUCAAUGGGGUCGAUGGUGAAGGAGCGUGGGAUACAUUCCAGCGCUACCGAUGUCUGGAGAGCAGCCAGAGCGUCGUCAAAAGCCCCAUGACCGACAUCUGCAACGACUACAUCUUCAGUGUGUCUGCUCUGCUGCACAAAGGAGCCAUGGCAUGCCAGUGUGACCCUCAGGGUUCGCUCAGUGGUGUGUGCGAGGCCAGCGGAGGUCAGUGUCGGUGUCGACACAACGUUGUCGGCAGGAACUGUGACCAUUGUGCCCCGGCUACGUUCCUGUUCAGCCCCGCCGGCUGCAGACCUUGUGACUGUGACCUUCGGGGCUCGGUCAGCGCCUUCUGCCACGAGGCGACCGGCCAGUGUAACUGCGUCUCCGGGGCCUCGGGUCGUCAGUGUUCCCACUGCCUACCGGGCUUCUGGGGCUUCCCUCAGUGCCGACCCUGCCACUGUAACGGCCACAGCGAGUACUGCCACCCUCAGACCGGAGAGUGUCAGGGCUGCAGAGACUUCACCACCGGACACAACUGUGAGAGGUGUUUGGCUGGUUACCAUGGUAACCCGGAGCUGGGUUCAGGUAGCCACUGUCGCCCCUGUAUGUGCCCUGACGGACCCCGCAGUGGACGCCAGUUUGCUGACAGCUGUUACCUGCUGGAUUACUCUAACCAGCUGGUGUGUGUGUGCAGCCCGGGCUACAAAGGUGCCAGGUGUGACGAGUGUGCCCCCGGUUACUUUGGGAACCCUCUGGUGCCCGGUGGCCGCUGCUUGCCCUGCCAGUGUAACAACAACAUUGACAUGCACGACCCAGGGUCCUGCGACGCCCGCACAGGUGCCUGUCUCAAAUGCCUGCACCACACCGAGGGCUACGGGUGCCAGCACUGCAAACCAGGUUACUACGGCAGGGCUGCCACACAGAGCUGCAGGAAGUGCAUGUGUUACUCUGUGGGCACGGUAUCUCGGGUCUGCUCCUCCCCCGACGAGUGUCAGUGUGAUCAGCUCACUGGUCAGUGUCCCUGCCAACCAAACGUGGUUGGUCAGAACUGCGACCGCUGCGCCCCCGACACGUGGAACAUUGCCAGCGGAACGGGCUGCCAGCACUGCGACUGCGACCCCGUCCACUCCUUUGGCUCCUCCUGCGACGAGGUCACAGGACAGUGUUCGUGCAAACCUGGUUUUGGUGGCAGGACGUGUCGAGAGUGCCGAGAGCUUUUCUGGGGGAAUCCAGAGGUUAAAUGUCACGCUUGCGACUGCGACCCUCGGGUUUCCAGCCAGCAGUGCCACCGCGCCACAGGCCAGUGCACCUGCGUGGAGGGCGUCUCCGGCCAACGCUGCGACAAGUGCGCCAGGGGCUACCAGGGGGAGUUCCCCGUCUGCAAACCCUGCCACCAGUGCUUCGCCAUCUGGGACACGGUGGUCGGCGAGCUGACCAAUCAGACCCGACGUCUGGAGACCCAAGUGACGGAGCUCCAGACCAGCGGGGUGACGGCGCCGUACAAGGAGCUGAUCGGCAGCCUGGAGAGAAACGUCAAGGCCGUGAGAGAGAUAGUGGAGAGCAACCCUGCAGCAGUGAAGCUGGAGCAGAUACAGGAGCUGAUGCACCAGAUCAUUGGUUUGAUGUCCUACCUAAACGGAAAGCUGAACACGACAGAGGAGACAUUGAACCAGCUCCACGAUGACGCCAACGCCACCGAUGUCAACUUGGACGCACUGAUGGAUGAGGCCAACCAGCUGGAGCUGAGGGUCCAGGAGGUGAGACAGCAGGUGUACGAUGCCAAGAACGCCAACAUCCAGGGUGCCAUGGACACCAUUGCAUCAGCACACAUGAAGUCUACAAUGGCGGAGAUCAAGGCCAACGCCUCCACCACUGAUCCAGGGAACACAGUGGAGCAGUCUGCCACAGUACGGAAAGCCACUGAGGACAAACUGAGCAGCGGUCAGAAGGAGUUCGACCGCAAGCACCAGAGGAACACGCAGAAGCUGGACAAACUGUCCAACGAGCUGGAUAACUUUGACCUGUCACCUCUGAGCGAGAAGACGUGCGGUGGUGCAGCCGAAGGCGACGCCUGCUCUAGCUCGUCCUGCGGCGGGCUGGGCUGCGUCGGCGAAGACGGAGCUCCUCUGUGUGGAGGAGAAGGAUGCGAAGGCCUCGUCACCACCUCCCAGACUGCUCUCAAAUCAGCCAAGGAUCUGGACCAGGAGAUCCUAGCUGCUAUGCAGGAGGUGGACAAGCUCUCCAGGAUGGUGUGGGAAGCCAGCAUCCGCGCGAAUGAAGCCAAGGCGAACGCUCAGGAGGUGCUGGUCAAAUCCAACCGGAGCAAAGAGAGGGUGGAGCAGAGCAACGAGCAGCUCCGCAACCUCAUCAAAGAGAUACGAGACCUCCUCACCAAUGACAAGGCAGAUGUUUCAGUGAUCGAGAAGGUGGCCAAUGAGGUGCUGGCGCUGGAGAUGCCGACCUCGUCUGAGAAGCUGCAGGAGCUGACGAAGGAGAUCAGGGAGAAGGUCAGCACUCUGACCAGCGUGGAGACCAUCCUGAACCAGAGUGCCGAGGACAUCCAGGCUGCCGAGACGCUGCUGAAGGAGGCCAAGGCCGCCAGCGAGCAGGCGUCUAACAUGAAGCAGACAGCAGACGUAGUGAAGGCAGCUCUGGAUGAGACUGAGCGUGCUCAGAGCAUCGCCAUGGACGCCAUCAAGCUGGCCCAGAACAACACUAAAGGCACUUUGGACCUGGUGAUCUCUGUGGAGUCGGAGACGGCCAAGUCAGAGCUGAAGCUCGGUAACACCACGGGUCGUCUGGUUCAGCUGGAGAGGGAGGUAGGCCUACUGAGACAGAACAACCUGGAGGUGAACCGGCUGGCGGAGACGGCCGACUGGAUCACCGACCAGGCCAGAAAGGACGCAGAGGAGGCGCAGCAGGAAUUUGACAUGGAGGUGAAAGAUAAAUUCGAGGAGGUGGAGGACCUGGUGGAGGAUAAAGGGGAGUCGGUGCUGCAGGCGAGGAGGAGAGCAGAUGAACUGCAGCAGGAGGCCAAAGAGCUGCUUGCCCAGAGCAGCAGCAAGCUGCAGAGACUCGGAGAGUUGGAGCGCUCCUACGAGGCCAACCAGCAAAUCCUGGAGGCCAAAGCUGCGGAGCUGGCCGAGCUGGAGCAAGCUGUCCGCCGGGUCCUGGAGGAGAUCAGUCACAAAGUGACUCUGUACAGCACCUGUCAGUGAUGAUCACCUGGACGGACGCUGCAGCUCCUCAAACUCUUUUACUGUUCUCAAGUGUACUGGCUGGGAUUUUAAUAGCAUCAAAUGUUUGGAAAGUAUUUAAACAAACUGCUCCCAGAUGAUUCCCUGAGUAUUUCAUAACUGUUAGGACCAAACACUGUUAAAGAUGCUUGACACUGUCGGUGCCAAAAGUUUUGAUUGUGUGUGAGCCAGCAACUUAACACCUGGGUAAAUUAGACAGCUGUGCCAAGAAGUAUUUUAACAAUGGAAACAAGCUUAAAGCUGCCAAAGACCAGUAAAGUAUUAAAGUCCCAAAGGAAACCACUGAAAGCCAACGUGACCUCAGUGCUAGAAACUAGAGAAUAUAGAACAAUUUAGCCGUGUAAGCUACGACAAUCUGUGUAUUUAAAUAUAUGACUGAACAUAUUUGAUAGUAAUAUUAAAAGUUUUAUAUAAACCCAAAGAAAUGCAACAUUGUCUGGACCAAAAGGCAUUUGUGGAAAAGUGCUAUGACCAUGAACAAAGAAUAAAUUUUGAUUUGAAGAUGAA